CGCCCAAUAAGCGUCGCGGGAGCAAAAAUAAUCUACGCGAUACGGCCGGGCACCAGACCGUAUUAAUCUCCCGUAAUUGUCGGUAAUUGCGUAAUUAGCGUGAUUAAUAAGGCGCGGGGCGUUCCCGUAACCGUACGCUCCAGUUGUUCGGGCGAUGGCGGCGCCGCCCGCGGCCGCCUCGCGAACUACGUCGCAUCGCGACGCCGAUUGACACGUCAGGUGGCGUAUCGCGUACGCGUAUCUCGUAAAGGUUUCUAAUUACGCGACAAUGCACUUGGCGAGUACCAUGUCAAGGCGAUACGAACCGGUUCCCGUCUAAGUCGAGAGAGAAACUGGGCAGCGCAUUAUCUAUCUAAACUACGAGCGUUUGAGGCCUUGGACGAACGUACGGCCGCCAGGAUCGACGGAUUUAAUUUGCCGAAGUUUUUUAGUCGAUGCGGCGACGUCGUGUUGAGACGCCAUAAACCAGGUGAACGCAGUGGACCGCUCCUUUUUCUGGAGGCCGCAGACGCCAUUUUGUUUGUUUGUUUCGUGCCGGAUUUUCCGCGAGAGCGUCUCGUCCGUCAUCCCUCGCCCUGAUAUGAACACAAUCAUUUGAGCGGACCACGCGCAGAACUCACGGAAAAUGGAGACCGAGGAGCUCAUCAAACUAGUCGACGGGAUAUACAAGAAUAUCCUCGACAAGUUCAACCCAGGGGCGCGGCAAAUGAUCAACGCCGGGAAAGCGUACCUGAAAGCUCUUCACGGGGCAACGGCCGCUUCGCGGUUAUACGUCGACGCCAUCAACAAGCUAGCGAAACAAGCCCAGCAGGGUACGUGGGGAGGAUCUUCCGAUAUAGGUGCCGCCCUGAUGAAGGUCGUCGAGGUCUACAAGGAAAUUCAAGACCAGCAGAUGAAUAUUCUGAAAGCUUUCUACGUAGACCUGCUGGUUCCGUUGGAAACUAACCUGGAAAAGGACACUAAAGUCGUCCAGUCGGAGCAGAAACGUUUCCUGCAGCAGCACAAGCAGCGCUCGGAAACGUACAGCAAGGCGGCGGCCAUGAUGAAAAAACAAAGGAAAAAGUCGCGGGGCUCGACGAAAUCGGGCCUCGCCAUGGACAAGGAACUCAAGAACAUGCAAGUACUGGAGGAAGAGAAGACAAAACUCGACGCGUUCUGCGAGCAGAGCCUCAAAAACGCCAUGACGCAAGAACGCCGUCGCUACGGUUUCGUGCUGGAAAGACAGUGUUCCCUCGCGAAGCACUACCUCUCGUAUCACGCUCACGGCGCCGAGUCCUUCCAGCAGAACAUCGAAAAGUGGUCGGAGGUAGCGAAGACCCGCGAAUACUUGCCCGAAUCGGUGGAGAACAUCUUCAGCAACAGGCUGAGGCAGAUUUCCGUUUGGCAAGACGACGACCUGUACUCCAACCCCCGCAGUCCGAACUUCGAGGACGAUCGGAUCAGUCUCAACUCGCAGCUGCGGAAAACCAAGAGCAUGGACGCAUCCUGUCUAGAUAUAAGGUCCAUACAGGAAGCCGGCUCUCCCGUCAACACUUUGUCCAGGGCGAAGUCGGAAUAUAAUUUGAAUUCCUCGCCGCGUUCCGCCUCCCAUGAUGAUGAUCGUACCCCGACGCGCCGGCCCAAGUCGAUGGCGGUACCGCCGCCUCCGGCAUGGGACGCUCAAUUGGGGCGGGCGCUGUAUGCUUACCUUUCCAGCGGCGAGAACCAGCUCAGUUUCCACGAAGGCGACCUCAUCGCCCUGAUCGGCGACAGGAAUAAAGGCUGGCAGUUCGGAGAGAACUUGAGGACGCAGUGCAGCGGGUGGUUCCCGCUCGCGUACACCGAGAUCCUGAUGGACGACGAGCAUACCUCUCCGAACCAUCGUAACGAGGCGGGGGGGUCAGGGCAGCAGCCCCGUAGCAACGCUGCCACGCCUACCAACGCAGGUGCCGUGCACGCUUCCGGUACUGGUACGCUAGAACAGAACACCCCCACUCGUUUGUUCGGCGACACUUUGCACAUACACCGGUCCACUAAUAACGCUAAGCAGAUUCGCCGCGCGAUCGGUUCUAACAACAUCCCCCCUCCUGCGUUGCCAGCCCCCGUCCCCACUCCCUCACUGCCGUAUCAGAAAUCCGGCAUGUCCCAAUCUCAGAGCACCAAUUUCUCGAAGGAAACGAACAAUGUCCAGUAUUCCGCACCCGGAAUCAAGUCUUCGGCUUCCGCGUUCGGUUUUCCUUCUGCGGUGGCGCCCUCCGGCGGGCAAUACUCGACGCAUCCAGCGCCUGCGAGAUCUGACCGACCUCCGACGGGUUCUUCGCUACCGUUGCACCUGCAGACCAAGGGCGGCAAGAUCGGUGGACCGGUGGGAAACGUUUCCCUCCAUUCGAGCAACGACUCGGGAUUUUCGAAUGAUCCUCCGCCCCAACCAGAAGUCGAUUACUCCGACGACGACUCAAUGGCCGGACAAAUCAAGUUGAUGACACGUGGUAGGUCGAGAAAGUCGCCGCACGGCGACACGAACAACAAUACCCUCCAGCAUCCGAAGAAACAAAAGCGGUCGCAAAAGUCCAACAGCCACGGGAACUUGGUGGAGAGCCGUUACUACGCCGCGUCUGACGAGGCAGACGCGGCUAAAGUGAAGGUGAAACGGACGAAGUCGUUCUGGAAAUUUGGCAAACACGGCUCGGACAACGAGAUCCUUGAAGGGAUGUCGCUGUGGAGACACCGAGAUCUGGUGGACCUCGACGACGAAAACAACAAAAACAAAAUCAACAGCCAAACACGCGUGAGGAAACCGAGCCGCGACGUUUCCAAUGAUUCGGACAGAACGAUGGUGGAGAAGGAGCCGCCGAAAGAGUCGAAGAAGAGCGUCAAGCCGGCGAAGAGUUUUAAAGAUAAAGCGAAACCGGGCGCGGAGCAGCCGCCACGCAGAAAGUCGUCGGCUAAAAUCAAGGAAGAAGAGAAGAUUUACGAGACGCGGAAGCCAGCCACUUUCGAUGAUCAGUUUUAUGACGACGACGGCGACGGAUUGAUGAUGAAAACGGUGAACAGAAAGAACAUCCUGCAGCAGUAUAGUGACGAUAUAUCUGCGGGAGAUUCGGAAUCCGAGGAGAGUACCAGCGACGACCCUUACGAUUGUAUCGUCGUUGAUGAUCAAAAGGUGAGGCGGAGCGACACCAGGUUCCCCAACGUCGCGGAAAUCGGCAAAAAGCUAGAAAAGCUAUCCAAGUCGAGCAAGUAUUCGCCCAAUAAAGAACCCAUCGCUCAGGUAAGGGAAAAGAACGAUAAGAACGCUGGCGAUGUUACCGUUGAGUACCGGCACUCUUUCAAGACCUUCGGGGUCGAGGUACAUAACGACGAAAACGGGGAGAAGGAGAUGUACAAGAAGAGCGCGGAAAGCGAGUCGCACUACGCCGAAUCGAAUAAGAGGACGGCUAAGAAGGAGCGACCCAGUUAUGAAAGCAUCGCCUCCGACGUCGACGGCCCCAGGUCGAAGUACUACGACUCCGCCAACGACGAGCUUUCCGAUACGCUCGAGAAUAGACAAUUUCUGCCUCGCACUAAGCUAGGCAAGACAAACAGCGGCGGCUCUAAAACCGAUCAGGACGUCAGCCUGAUGGAGUACGGCGAAACAUUGCAGAGACGCCUUAAAAAUCCCGAAUACAAUUCGAAGUACGAUGAGAAGUCGCCUCACAACGGGAACAUGUACGGGCCGUGGUACGAUUUAUGGGGCCUCGAUUCAUCUGCUAGGAAGUGACGCAUGCUGCACGUUGUAGUUGUACGUUGGUCAUGUUUUUCAUCUCGGUGACGGUAGUUUCAUGCUUGCAGGUCUUCGAACGCUAACUACGCCACUAUCAAACUCCGGAAGGCUAAUCCCACUCCUGACAGAAAGUCGUCACUAAUCCUCGAGUAGUAUCGCCUAGUGGGAAGCGUAUGUUAGGUUAUCGUCGUAUUCGUGCUAGUCUAUUAUCUCUGUCUCUAAAAUUAACUUGAACUUUGUAUAUACAUAUAUCUCCUCUCGGUGGUUGGGAAUGGUGCAAUAACGUUCUUUCGCAAAACGAUCCCUUGUGGCAGCGGCGGGUCUGGCUUCAUUAAUAUAAUGUAUAGUGUACAUAAAUGUAAUACGCGAAAUGCUCAUUGUACGAUAUUUUUCGUCUAUUAUUUUGUCCCGAAAUUGUACGCGUAGGUUACACCGCGGGACAUGUCCAUUACACAUUCUUAUAUAUAUAAUCAGCCGUAAUCGUAUAUCACGACAUAACCGUAACCGUUGUCCAAUAUGUUAUACUCAAUAUUAUCGUCAACCGUUUGACAAGUCAUUUUGUAAACCGUACCAUUUAUUAUAACAAUAAUAAUAAUGAUAAACUACCCGAUUUGUUUUUGUAUAGAGGUAGCUUAAGUGUUGUUAAACUUGUAUAUGAUUUUA